AUGUUCAACAAGCUUCAAGCCCGCUGCUAUCCGAAUCACCUGGCAGUUACUCGAGAUCUGAACGAGGUGGUUGCCAAUGCGUCUCCAGAAGAUGCUACAUUUGUCUUUAUCUCUUAUACGAAAUGGCAAGCAGUGGCUGAAGUGGUUCACUAUGUCGCCUUCUUAGGAUGCGAUGAGAUAAGCGAAGAGGCUUAUGAUAAGAUUCUCACUCUCCUCUAUUCUCAUUGUCUGGCGGAGAUUGCGGCGCUGAGGGAUGCAGCUGCGGCGAAGAGGGAGGAGGACAAGAACAGGGAUGAUAAUAAGGACGAGGACAAGGGUGAGGAUAAGGGCAACGAUCAGGGCGACGGCGAGGAAGAUGCUGUUCAGCAUCUGGCUCUCUAG